AAAGAGAGCCCAGAAGUGGACUACUCUUCAGUCACAGCCGUAGGAAAUCCUUACUGUCACAGAUCGAAGUAUAAUUCGGACAAUAUUGAUAAUAGCCAAGAAUUGCAAGUUGUUGAAAUUAGUGAUGUAUAUUCGAGCAAUCAUAUCGAAAAUAGCGUGGACAAGAAAAAUUAUUCGAACUUGUGGCUCCACGAUGAAUUAGAUGACCAUAAAAACAUAACAUACUUAUGGUUUCACAAUGAGUAUAAUAAAGAAAUUGAGGAUAAUGAAGCUUGGUUUGACGCUGAAGACAUCUUGGAUGAACCUUUUCAUGAGCCUGCUUCAAAUGACCUGCAUGAUGAGAAACAAAGUCAUCGGAAUACUACUGAAGAAAGUUACAAUCAAACGCUAUGUAAAUGUACUUCAAUUACGAGAGGUGAAGCAUUACUAAUGACAUUACUGUUGGGAGCUCAGCAAUCAUUAACGUGGACAACUAUAACAUCAAUAUUGUCUCUAAUUAACACUUUGUUCGGUGAAAAUGUAGUUCCAGAAACAAAAUAUCAACUUUUUAAAACAUUACAACUUAAAGAUGAAAUGAUUUCCUAUCAUAUGUUUUGUACUAAUUGUUUGUUUUAUAUUUGUACUGAAAAGAAUUCAAACUCUGGAGACCUGAAGUGUGCGGCUUGUGGGAUUGAGAAUAAUAAAUCAAAUAUUUCAUUUUUUUUAACGUUGGACAUGGAAACACAACUCAAAACAAUUUUACAAGAUAGUGAAAUACAAAAAUGCUCAAAACGACCGUUUUGA